AUGGAAGAUAUUGGUUUGCCACGUAUUCGUGAUGAUUUAAUCGAGCCAAAUGAUGAUUGUGAUCUUAUGGAAAUUCUUAAAAAAUAUUGCGAUGAAAUUGGAAAAGAAGAUGGUUGCAUUGUGCGAUUUCGUGCACCAUUUUCACUUUUACCAAAACACGAUGCACGAGGCGAUGCGAUAACAAUUAUUGUCGAUUAUUUAUCUCAACGUGGAAUACCUUUAUGGGCUUCACAUCAAAUUUCUCGUUCAAUAGCGGAUACAUAUUCAUCAGAUUUAAGAACUGGAUUCGUUCCAUUUGUUGAGGAUGUUAUGGAAACUAUUGAUGCACAACGAUGGUAUCGUCAUAUUUUCAAAUCGUUGAAUGAGUAUUUGAUGAAAAUAGUCUCAGGAGAAGUUGAUUUUCCCAAAAAACCAGAAUCAUGGGAUAAUAUUCCUUUUUCUCAUUGUGCACAGCGAAAUGUUCGUUCAAAAAUGGAAGAUAAAGAUAUUGUUUUACCAACGUUAUCUGUUGCAGAACCGACCAAGCACGAUGUCAUAAAAGAUGAUGCAUUUUUUGCUGUAUUUGAUGGACAUAAUGGUGUUGAUUGUGCUUCUUAUGCAAGUUCUCAUUUUGUGAAUUGCUUGCUAGACGAUACGUAUUAUUGCGAUGAUGAUGUUGAGGAAGUGUUGCGUAAUGCAUUUGAUAAACUUGAUAAAAGGAUACGAGCCAGAUGCAGAGUUAAUGUAAUAAUUAUCUAUGAUAUUUCUAAUUUCUAUAAUAUUAUGAUAGAAGUGUCACGAAUAAGAGGUGGUGCUGCAACAGUUUGUGCGCUUAUACGUGGCAGAAAGAAAUUAUGUGUUGCUUGGUGUGGUGAUGCUGCAGUUGCUGUUUUAUAUCCUAGUUCAGUAAAAACUUUAUCAACACCUCAUUUGCCUUCUAAUCCAGAAGAAGCACGUCGAGUUGAAGAAGCUGGUGGUGUCAUUGUUCAAUUGCAUGGUGAUUUAAGGGUAAAUGGUGUCCUAAAUAUUACUCGUUCAAUUGGAGAAUUGGAUGGUCGCCCAAUGAUCUCUCAUAUGCCGGAUACCUUAUCCUUUGAUUUGGAUGGAAGUGAAUAUCUUUUAAUACUGGCUUGUGAUGGCGUUUGGGAUGUAUUUGACGAGGAGGAAGUUUAUAAUCACAUCAGAAAUUUUGUUCUAACUUCGAAGCCUUGUGAUUAUAAAAAUCUCGGACAAUAUAUUGUUUCAAGAGCAAAGGAUGCUGGCUCCACUGAUAACCUUACGGCUAUAUGUGCCUUCCUUCGUCCAAUCAAUGAUUUAUGGGAGUUGCUUACAAACCAGGAAAAAGUUCCUGCUCAAUGA